CAACGCCACCUCUCGCGAUGAGCUGGAUCUGCAACAGCACACUGACGCUUCACUUCAACGAUAGCUUCAAAAUCACGCCCCCCACCUGGCAUCUAGAUGGCGACGCUAUUCUGAAGAUCUCCCUGAUGGCGCUCGUCGUGCUGCUGUCGGUGUGCGGGAACCUGUCCGUGAUGGCGGUGGUGUACCUGAACACGUCUCUCCGAUCCACCGUCAACUACCUGCUCGUGAACCUCGCCUUGGCCGACUUCCUGUUUACCAUUUUCUGUUGGCCGCUCGUCGUUAACAGGAUCACGAGCCCUCUUUAUGUUCUGGACCGCUCCAUCUGCAAGAUAAAUGUCCUGGUGGAAGUGACCUCCCUUACCGUGUCUGUGCUGACGCUGGUGGCCGUGGCCUGUGACCGCCUCUACGCCGUGACGAUGCCCAUCCGUGCCCGCAACGCGACCGACUGCCCUUCCGCCACCAUCGCCACCAUCUGGGCUGUGUCCGUGGUCGUGGCGCUCCCCAGCUUCUACAUGAGGGACCUGCAGAUCGUCCAGUGGACCGACUACAGCACGAAGACGUGCACCGACGUCCUCAACCUGUGCACGGAAACUAUUCGCCAAGCCUUCCGCUACUACCACAUUCUGCUGGUGUUGAUUCUGUUCUUCCUGCCCGGUGCCGUGAUGCUACUGGCCUACACUGUCAUCGUGUGGAAGCUGUGGUGCGUCCGAGCCUCCGGCCUGAGUGAGAACCAGCCUCAGCAGCACCUUCAGACAAGGCGGAAGGUCGUGGUGAUGACUGUGGUGGUGCUGGCCGCGUUCUUCAUCUGCUGGUCGCCGCUCAACGCCAUCAUGCUGUACGACAAACUCAGGAAUGCAUCGCAGGAGAUGCCCAAGUGGAUCGAGCCGGCCCUCUUCUGGAUCUACUUCCUCCCCUACUUCAACUCCGCCCUCAACCCCCUCCUCUACGGCGGCUUCAGCAACAACUUCAGGCAGGGCUUCAGGGACUUCUACCGAACCCUCUAUCAAACAGCCAAGGCCAGUGCCAGCCGUACGGAGCGCCACUGGCUCUCGACCGCCCUGCUGAACAGCCAACACAAGCGAGCCUCUUCCACCAAGACAUGAUCGCCGGCUUGACAUGAGCUGACGAGUAAGCGCCGCGCGACUCGGAGCAGAUUCCGCUCGUUUCCCUCCGCCGCCGCAGGAGGCAUCCGCGGCCACAAUGGAUCCAGCGAAUGCCUUUGGUGGGGCCGAGGCCGAGCAGUUAAAACACUUUAUUUUCAGUUGUUAGAGAUGUUAGCUUAACGUGUGACUAGAGGGCUAUGUUAUGUUAAAAUCUUUGCG